CACAACAGUCUGCGUGCCCAUACUCGCGACCUACUUUGCAAGUAAUUGUUGUUUUUUUCUGUUAAGGCUUUUGUAACAGAAAACUUAUUCAAAUUAACAAGAAACAGUGAUAAAUACGCAGCUGUUCAGUUUGCGUCUUAUAGUCAAUAUCAACGUCUCAUCCUAAGUGCUGUUAACAUGAAACAUAAACAAAGGCAACCAAGGUUUCUAAUAUGGGAAAAUGAAAUAUUUCUAUUGCACGAAAUAUUCAGUGUACAAAACACGCCUAUUGUUGUCUUGGCUUACACUUGGUAUGUCGCGAAAGCCUAAAUACGAAGGCGUGUUUUAUGUUCUAUUGAAACUGAUAUGAAAAACGGAGCUUACUCAAACUCGACUUUUAAGUCCUCGGAUACAAAAGAAAGCCAUGGAGAUGGAAAGCUAAAUACGGUUAACACUUUUGCUUCAGAAAUAGCCGCUUGUGCCUUGUCUGAAGAUAAGAAGAAAGGCACAUUUCAUAAGAAAGUGUCAGCAAAAUCUGAAAAAAUACCUGAUGUUCUGGAGGUUUGCUCUUUCAAGAAUUUCGCUAAAGAAGACUCGAAUAUAACAAAAAACUCUCAACUAUUUAUAAAUUACCAUGAAAAAUCAAGAGUCUCUUUUCCAGUAAUUAAGAACGUUUUUACAUUAUCUUCAUUACCCGAGGAAAUUUUAAAAACUCAGCUAGACUUUCCUAUCACAUCUCCACGCUCUCCUUCUUUGAUAUAUAAAGAAAAUGCAAGACACCAGAUGGUUUUACAUCCGUCAAUAACGUAUUAUUCGUGUAUGCAAGGAAAAUCUUCUGAGAUAUCGGAAAGAAAGAAGAAAGAACAUUGUGAAGAUGGAAAUGUGAUUUCCUUUUUGACAAACUCCAUUGAAAUGGGGCCACCUCACAUCAAAUCUUCUUAUCAAAAUUCAGGGAAUGAAGUGAAUUUUCUAAAUUAUCUUCGUGAAGACAACUUUCAAAUACACAACGCUGACUAUGUAUUUAGCGAAGAAAAACAAUCGAGCGAUGUUGCUUUAACAGCUCACGAGCACAAAGUCUUUCAAUUAAAGAGGAAGUUGCAAGAACAGGAAUUGGCUUUGAAAAGGUUACGUACGCAGUUUUAAAAAAGACCAACGACAGUGAUCCUUUAUUCAAAGCAUUAUAUUAAUUUGAAAAAUAUAAAAAAUCUGUUUUCAUUUGUAUGGUUACAGACAAAAAGAGAAAAGAGAAAUCAGAGAAACACUUUAAAAUUUUUGAUUUUAUUAUUGUUUACAUAAGGUUAGUAGUCAUAAGGUUUGCAUUAAAAAUCAACUUGUGGCAAAAAUUUUUACUCCAAAUUUAGUUGUCUGAUCUACUAUCUUAAAUGUAAUUAUCAAUCCUACAUAAAUCUUAUCCUUGUUAGGAUCUUUUUCAUGAUAAGGAUUUAACAUAUAUUUAUACUUUAAGGGUUGACUAUUAAA